AUGGCCCAUUUUCUUCGGAUUGGUUUUUUCACAUUUUUAUUAUGCUUAAGUUUUCUUUUUACUUCAUUUAAUGAUUUAUUUGAUAUCAUAGAAAAUGAUUGCUCUUCUCAUUUUCUCAAAGGAGAAGGUGAAAGGGAUUUGAUUCCAAUGAAUCAAUUUGAAAUAUUACAUAGUCAUGUUAAUUAUGCAGCCGCUGCUUAUUGCAGAAAUGAUCAAUUAAAAAAUUGGACUUGCGGUUCUCGUUGUGUUGGUGAAGUUAUCAUAGAAAAAUUUUUCCAUGAUAAUUUAAAAGGCGCUUGUGGUUAUAUAGCAUAUAAUAAAAAAAGUAAAUCAAUAAUUAUAGCAUUUAGAGGAAGUCAAGAUUUAGCGAAUUGGGCGUAUAAUUUGGAAUUUGCGUUACUAGAUUAUGAAUUCCCCGGAGUUGAAGGUGCUUUGGUACAUCGUGGGAUUUAUGAAGUAUAUGAUCGUGUGAAAUCCUCAAUAUUAUGGAAUAUUCAAUGGAUGAUGAUGAGAGAAGAAAAUUCAUGUCGAGGAUAUGAUAUUAUUGUAACUGGACAUUCUUUA